UCGCCCUAUUAAGGCGAAGGGAAAGCAGCGGCCCCAUUGGCUGCCGGUCUGGAAGGUGGGGCCCCUUGGGGGGGCGGGGCCUCAGGACCCCCGCUGGGCUCUCGGGUGACGGGUGCUGGCGCCGAUCGCAGCCGCUGCCCCGGGAAGGCGGCCACGCUGGGAGCCAUGGGCAGGAAGCGGCUUAUCACCGACUCCUUUCAGGUGGUGAAGAGGCAGCAGCGGGACCCUGACACCAAGGAGGGGACCCUACAGCCAAGUGAAUGCCUGGCCCAUGGAGGGGCAGGGCCCCCAGAAGAUGGGCUCAUACCCCAGCCUGGCAAAGCUGGGGCCCUGGAUGGCACAGCCGGAUCUCGGGAUGCAGAGGCAGUGCCGGUCCCAGCUGAUGUCCCCCCAGGUGACUCCCUGCACCCGGCCCAGCUGGAGAUGCUCAAACAGUUCGACCUCAGCUGGGAGUAUGGACCCUGCACUGGGAUCACCCGGCUGCAGCGAUGGGAGCGGGCUGAGUCCCUGGGGCUGAGCCCCCCUGUCACGGUGCGGGAGACACUGCUGGAGCAUGAGGGAGACGCGAGCCUCUGGCAUGACUACCCACUCUGAGAUGAGGCAGGGCUGGCGUUGCCAUACAGCGAGGAAGGGGGAAUCAUGCUGCCGCUUGGACUCCACAGCACUUUACUCUGGUUCCUGAUUGGAAAAUAGCUCUGUGCUUGUAUUGGGGGGGUGGGGGGAGAGGGUCCCCUGGUGAUUGCAGUAUGGGGUGCCCAGGGCCGACAUUGGAUGGGCAAACCCAGGUCCUGACAACCCAAGACCAAGCCGUGCUUUGUCCCAUCAGAUCGAGAGGGCCGUAUUCCAGAUUAAAGGGCCUGUUUGAGAACCUCUGAGGCCUGGUGAAUUCUACAGCCUAGGGCAAGGCAGGUGCAGGAGAGCCAUGUGUCUCUUCUGAAAAGUGUGGGCAUUGUGGGGAAACAGCUGACUUCAAUGCAUACAGAGUCCCUCUAGAGAUGGGCAGGCCAAGCAGCCACCUUUGGAGCCCUCUAGUUAUCUCUGCUCCAAAACACUGAAGCUUGCAUCUGGUCUGGACCCUUAUGUCUAGCUAGCGUUGUGCUGUAGAGCCUCCUAGUAUACAACUAGUGCUGCCAUGUUGGAACCAUGGUGUCUCCUAAUGUUCACUCAUCUUGUGUUGUCUAGCUUGUGCAGUUAGAACCAUGGCAUGGUAUGUAUUUGAGAAGCAGUCACAGCCAGUUAGGGCAUGUGCAAUCUAGGCCCACAGUGCAUGUUCUAGAGCGAUGGUGUGACCAAGUAAGGCAUGUGGUCUAGAACCAUUUGGCUAUGCCAUCUGCUCUGUAACACCAUCUUGCUAAUGCACAUAUUCUAGAUCCAUUUGGCACCAGGCUUGCCUAGCUGACUUUGAGCUGUUGCUAAUCAGUUCCAGAAGCAGAUUUGUCUCUAUCCAAGGCACCAGCUCCAGAACAUCAGUGCACCUGUCUGAUCUAGAACAUUUUCCUGUGUGGGUGAGUUCCAGCACACAGCUGUUCAGCUCUACCGCCUGUGAAUCUAGAACCACACUGUGGUGUCUUGUGAGAGCCUUUGUGGGCCCGGAGCACAACCAAGUCAUGGCCUGGGGCCUGGCCCUAUAAGAGUGACAGCCCACCCAGCAGCUGCAGGGGUAAGUGAGCCUCAGUGCAUGAACCCCUGCCCCACACACAGGCCAGCAGGAACCCCCAGGGAAGAAGCACUCAUCAGCCCAGGCUACUUGGAGCAGCCCAUACUUCACAGUACACAAAGAGCAUUCGCAAAAAGAAAAGGAGGACUUGUGGCACCUUAGAGACUAACCAAUUUAUUUGAGCAUGAGCUUUCGUGAGCUACAGCUCACUUCAUCGGAUGACAAAGAGCAUUGUCAUCCAGUGACAGGGGGAGGGAUAGCUAAGUGGUUUGGGCAUUGGCCUGCUAAACCCAGGGUUGUGAGUUCAAUCCUUGAGGGGGCCAUUUAGGGAUCUGGGGCAAAAAUUGGGGACUGGUCCUGCUUUGAGCAGGGGGUUGGACUAGAUGUCCUCCUGAGGUCCCUUCCAACUCUGAUAUUCUAUGCAGAGUGGGCGAAGGGCUGGCUCUGGGGAAUGGGAAACAGAGGCUUUCCCUGCUGGGGCCCUGGACUGUGCCUGCAGGGUGUAGCACAUGGAGGGCCCCCUGUGCCAGCAGGCCUGGGGGAUGGCUGCUGGCUCUUGGCCUUGCCCAGUGCAGCUCCAUGGGCUGAGCUGGACUGAAGCUAGAGCAGGCUGGGCUUUUUGGGGUUAAACAUUCACCAUGUACCCUCUCCCCAACCUCUGCCCUCUGCAUCACAGGGAAACUGAGACAGGGAGCAGGCUUCCACCCCAGGUCUGCCUCCCCAGGCCUGCCAGUCCCCUAGGCACUACCAUCAAGCAAGAAUCAUGGGGUUAGGUGGGGGUGGGGGAGGAAGGCGCUUCAGAGCUGGGUGAGGGGGAAGGGGAGUAGAAGGACCCAGCACCCCAGAGUGGUGGGCUCAGCAACAAGGGAGCCCUGGAGGGGGGCAGGGUUUGGGGAUGUUGCCAGCCCCAGCAGGGAGCUGUUGCCCUAGUGCCCAGGGCUCAGAGCUGGGUAGCUGCUGGCCCAUGGGCCCAUGUGGGUAGCCAGCAGCCGCAGCACCUCGGUGGGGCUGAAUCUCUGACCAGAGUGGUUAUGUCAGCAAAGGGCAGGGGCAUCCCCAGAGAGACAUGCAAGGAAACCAGAGUAACCCAUCCUCCUGGGGCCAGGCCAGGCCCAUUAGCACCGCCCUGGUGCUACCUGCCCACCUGCCACACCCUGCAGCGCCCUCUGCUGGGACAGGCUGGGACUGGUGUAGCCAGGAGCUUCCCCCCCCCCAGCCAGUGCUCCUGCCCCACUCCCUGCACUGCCUCCUGCUGGGAGCCACAUUCCCAUGAGGCAGGACAGCUA